ACUCCCAAGCGACUGUUGUUCCUUGUUGUUCUGUAGCAUAUGGAUUUGUGUAUCGGAAAAACGACAUUCUAGGGCUGUCAGCCUCAGGAGAACCAAAGUAACAUGGCAAUUUUACAGUCGACAAGACAAAGAAAAAUAUAUGCUGGGGAUAUAAAUCCACUAUUAACAUGUAGAUUAUGCAGAGGGUACAUGAUAAAACCUACAUGUAUAACUGAGUGCCUGCAUACUUUUUGCAGAAGUUGUAUCGUAAAACACUUGAGCCAGAAGGAGAUAAAUGAAUGCCCUACUUGCAAUAUUAUCAUCCAUGAAACUAAUCCCAUGGAAAUGUUAAGGGCAGACCAGAUGCUUGAAGACGUUAUUUAUAAAUUAAUACCUGGAUUACAGCAAAAUGAAGAACUACGCGAAAGAGAAUUCAACAGAAAAAAGAAAAAAAUAGAGGAGCAAUCAUCAGUUAUAUCCGACAGAGAAUCCCCUGUAAGAAGCUCAGUUGAUACCAUGUACAGAACAACUAUCUCAUUUAACAACUAUCACAGGGAUGAACCACAAAUCUGUGUAUGYCUYGAGUGCUGUAGUGAUUCCGAUGGCGAGGUCCCUAUUAAACAAUUAGUCCGGAGAUACAUUCGUUGCUCGUCACAAAUGACAAUAGCUCAUGUCAAGAAAUACUUAAAGUUGAAGUUAAGCUUAAAUGCAGCAGAUCAGGUUGAAAUAUUGUGUAAUGGAGAAAUUAUGGGCAAAGACCACACACUUGAGUUCAUAUAUAUGACAAGAUGGCGAGUAAAAGAAGGAACAGUGAUGACUCUCCAAUACAGACCACGCAUCGACUUUCUUUGAAUUAUAGCCUCAAAGGCACAGAAGAUUUUUAUUGGUUCGACAGAGAAGAUGUAAAAAGUAGAAUACAUACACCAUUGUGCUGUAUUUAGUAUUUAUUUUGAAAAUAGACUGCAAAGCAGUGGCAACUUUGCGGUGAUUGAAGUUUAAAAUACCAGAAAAUAGUGCUUUUCAAGGAAAAAAAAUCACUUCUAUAUUGCGUCUCUAUUUCUGACACGAAAGCGCGGAUCCGGGGGUGUUCAAUUAGAAUAUUAUAGUUUAUCGUAAAAGUGUMAUCAUUUAUUCAUUUGGAACACGGAAGGCCCCCUGGAAAAUUUCUUGAACUGCCUCUGAAGGAAUUUACAGGUUUUUUGAAGAGGGCGGACGGACGCACGGCGGCUUUCUAUUCUGUGCCAUUAGAAAAAAUUACAGUCAAGUAGGCACUGCUAUGCAGUCUUAUUAUCCAGAUUAGUACAUUUAUAACAUGAUUUUAUCUAUGAAAUAAACCUAUGUAUAUUACACCUUUA